AUGACUAUUUGGUGCAACUCCUGCAAAUACCAUGUCAGUGCUCCGUGCACCCCUCAUCAUCUACCUGAGGAUCACCGCAGCUGCUUCUGCAGAAGGUUCAGAUCCACCAAAGGAGCAUCCAAAGCCCGCCGGGACCAGAUCAAUUAUGAGAUCAGGAAUAUGCGUGCUCUACUUCCCAUAACCCAGGAGGACCAGGAGCGUCUCUCCUACCUGCACUCCAUGGCUGCCAUCUGCACCUACAUCAGGAAGUCUGUUCUCUUCCAGGGACUCCCGGCUGGGGAGAGAUCACACUGCUCUCCACCAUACGAGGCCUUUCUUCAAGCCCUGCACGGCUUCAUCCUGGUCACUAACACCCAAGGGAGGCUGGUCUAUGUUUCCGAAAAUGUAGCUGAAUAUCUUGGUCUUUCCAUGAUUGAUGUGCUCCAAGGAGACUCAUUCUACGAUAUGGUGGAACGCUCUGACAUUGAUAUUGUCAAAUCAAACCUGGACAUUGAAAACAACUCAUCAUCAGAGAGGAGCUUUAUAUGUUGUAUGCAAACCUCCAAGGCCUUCAAGCUGCAACACGGGAGCUGCUGUUCCAUGAUGGUCAGGGGGAGCUUCCGGUCUUUUCCUCAGCCUUGUCAUUCCUCCUCUUCAGUGUGUCCCACCAACCAGCCUUUGUUCGUGGCCCUCUGUACCCCGACAGUUAACCGCCUGCGCAGCUCUGACUCCCACUUCUGUCACAGCUUCAACAGUGUCCACAGAAUCGAUAUGACCUUUACUCAGCUGUCAGACAGUGUUUCAUAUUGUUUGGGGUAUUCAGGUGAAGAAAUGACUGGUCGAUCGUGGUACAGUCUUGUCCACCCUGAAGAUCUUUCUGCCAGUGCAGAUUCUCAUAGAAGUUUAAUGCAGGCAGAUGAGGGCUUCCAGGUAGAGAUGGUGCUCAGACUCCAGUGCAAGGAUCUGUCAUGGAUCUGGAGCUACAUUCAAGCUAACAAGGACUCUGCGUGCCAGGGCGUGAGCUGCACAAACUUCAUCAUCAGUGAAACAGAGGCCAGAUUUCUGCAGAAGAAAAUCAGCAGCAAUGCCUUCAGACCUUCAUGUCUGCCAGAUUCCUGCCAACAGGCGUCCCACACUCAGAGCUACAACGGCGCGCAAUGCUUUAAAAGGCAGAGGACGUCUAACAGCCAAAGCGAGGAGCCGGGUGCCAAAGCUAGGAGGGAGUCCGAGCAAGACAUGUGCUAUGCGGCGUGUCCCUCCUCCCAAGGCAAUAGCUCACCUAUACCCUUAGGUGACAUCCCUGCUUUCUUCACCCCUCCCUACACCCCGGCCUCCUCCGGCUCCCCUCUGCAGCAGGAGGAGUUCAGCCAUGACCUCAUGAUAGAUGUGCAUGGAUACGCAGAUCAGCUGCUGUCCUCCCCUGAGGGCUCUCCCUCCUAUUACUCCUACACAGAGGCAGGGCUCACCUGUCACCCUUCGCCCUCCGACUCCCUCCCUGCAGCCGCCGAACACACCUUCAACCAGGCAGCCUUCGACGCCCUCAGUUCUCGCUCUCCACUCUCCUCCUCAUCUCCGACCUAUGAUUUCCAAGCUUGUACAUCUGAUGCUCGAUUAGUUCCAGACUGCCCGUCCGUGUCCGACAUGUGUGAGAGCUCAGCGGACUGUGCUCUGCAUCAAGACGACUUCAACCUUCUCGAGCAGCCACAAGGGGGCAGCCUUGUCCAUGUGCAUCAUGUUCCCUACCAUGUGUUGCCUGUGCAUUCCAGUCUUCUUACCCCCAACCAAUCUCCGACAUCCACAGGAUCUAACCAUUACAACGAGAGGGAACAGGCAGAGAUCAGUAUUCUCGCACAGCAGAUCUCCUCCCUGGCCAGCAGCUUUGCCACGUAUCACACCCUAGACCCACUUCAUAAUGUGGGCCAACUUGCAACCACGAACUCUCCGCCCUCAGCCUUUGCCUGGUCCCAUCACCCUCCUCUCCCCUCAGUUCUUGCUCCUAAGCUGGAGCUGGUUCUCGGUGACUGCAUGUUCAACAGCAUCUUGAAAGACUUGGACAUGGUCGCAAAGAAAAGCAGCACUCCUGGCCCCGGUGUUGUGUCAUACAGCUACCAGCAGGGCUUGUUGCAUGACUCGCCGCCUGCGGAGCAGUUCGCUGCUGUGGAUCCUUUCAGUUUGCAGAUGGGACGCCAUGACCAAAACACUGGGUUGCAUCAACUCAACCACUACAUGCAGAGUAGCCUUCAGCAAGAUGGACUUGCUGAAGAAAACCUGUACUGAAAUAAGUCUGUGACUUACUGUACUACUACUUGUAUGACAUAUUGUCAGGGCAAUCUUCCUUCACUGGAUUCAAAGAUGAAUGUGAG